AUCAGAGUCAGUGCCGAGGGGGGGGAGGGGGAAGGAGGGUGGCUGCCCGUGAACUGCCCAGAGCAUUGGCAUCAGAAACAGACCCUGGUAGGAUAUUUAGUGCUGUACAUUAGGAGCGGCGCGACAUGAUGUGCGACAUUUAUUGCCCCACCCUGGCAGAUCGAAUCCAAACGAGAGGCCUUCUGUCACGAGCUUGUACCACCACACGUAACGGUGGCGACGCGAGGUGAGGAGGCUCGCAUGAGACGGGACGGGACGGGACGGGAGCUCCUCCACCUCCCUACCGCUGGUGGUCUAAGUUUACUACCGUGCGUGCCGCACUUCGACAGUGUUUCCAAACAGCGCAAGUCUAGUAGCGCUAGUAGUAGGCAUCAACACUGCUAGUACUGGUACUACUUGUACUAUCAGUCCCGUAUCCCAGCAUCCAGACGACAACCCCAGCACCUCCCACAACAAUGAUGAUAACCGUCAAUCCGCCUUCAAUUCUUCCCACCGCCGGCGGCGGCGGGUCGGGCGACGAGCAGUCAGAUUUCAGCGCGUGGCUGGGCGUCGCGGGGUACGGCGAGGGCGACGUGCGCGAGAUAGUCUCCAAGACCCUGCACGGGACGCGCGGCGACUCGCUUUCACAGUCACAGUCACAGUCACAGUCACAGUCACAGUCGGAGAGCGACUUCAGCUCGUGGCUGGGCGCGGCGGGGUACAGCGAGGGCGACGUGCCCGAGAUAGUCUCUGAGACGCUGCACGGGUCGCGGCACGACCCGGCGUGCGAGAACUGGGAGGAGGUGGAGCGCCUGUGCGACGCCAUGGACCAGUGGGGCCCGCACGAGCGCAUCACCAUGCUCGAUAUCGUCCCGUGCGGGCCCGAGGAGGAGGACGUUGGUGACCGCGAUGUGGUGUACCUGGUCUCUGGGACUGCGACUAAUAGCGGGUACGCGGCGGGAGCAGGAGCGGCGGGAGCUGCCGCAAGCGCGUUGUGUGAGGAAGGGGAGGAGGACGAGACGAAGAGUCGGCUUCGGCUUUCGAGAGCGUCAGGGCCGAUUGUUGAUAGCCGCUCCAGCACCAGCAGCGCCGUCAGCGCCAGCACCAGCAAUUUCACCACCAGCAGCAGCAGGAGCAGCAGUCUCCUACGCAGCAGCAGCUCCCUUAGGAGUAGCAGCCCUCUUGGCAACAGCAGUCGCAGCGAGGCAGGACUGCCGAGGAUAGCGAGCUGGGGAUCUUUCGUCAAGGCACCCGCUUGUACCACCCAUACUAUCACCCGCACUUGCAGCAGCGCCGACACUCAACCCACAGCUUUGCGCCACGCGGCAGCCAGCCCGGAUCACGCGCAAGCCAGCAGUGGCGGUGGGACCAGCGCGGCGGCGGCGAGCAGGCUGUCGUUCAGCGGGCCGUUGCAACCGGUGCGCAAGCUCACAGGCCUGGGCGGGCGCCGCGGCAGAGGCACUGGCACUGGUGCCAAUGGCACCGCGACCGGCAGUACCAGCAGCAGUACUUGUACUAGUCCCAUUUCCGCUGCCGCUUCCAUUGCUGCAGAGAGCAGCAGGCUCCCUGGCAGGAGCUGCUCCCCCACGCCCCUCUCUCCCCUCUCGCCCCUCUCGCCGUCCCCCCGACUACCUGCGGGAAGACGACCAGUACUCGCCUCAGGUGGUGCUUCAGGCGCUUCAGGGACCCUUGCCGGAUCCCCGCUCCAGAUGAACCUGUGCCGUGCGGCAACAUCGAAUCCGGGGGAGCUGGGCGCAUUCGGCGUGUCAAGUGCAGCAGACAAGCUGGUUCUUGCCGUGGCGUCCAGUACCAGCAGCACGAGCCUUCCUGCGACCGCUGUCAGCUCCCCUGUCGGCAUCUUCCCCAGUCCCAGACUGUUUUCGAGAGGGCUCCUGGCUGCUGCGGCUUCAAUCAGCUCCGAGGAAUGCGUGCAGCACGGCAUGAAACACGGCAUGAGAGUCGCCUCAGAAGGAGGUAGCAAAGACGCCGGUCAUAGGAAGCUCGCCAGCAGGUGGGUGUCCAUGGGGCUAACCGAGAAGAGCGCCAAGAUCCGUGUGGAUCUCCCCGGUACUGACGGUGGUAGUGGAGGGGAGAGAGGUGGUGCUGUUGGCGACGUUGACACAGCUGUGUCGUACCUAGAUGCUGUGGGUGCGACGGUGACCCAUGUUGAGCUGGUGUUGGACGAGGGAGGGGAGGAGUGCGCCGCCCUGUUCUUGUCUUGUCAGCCGCCUCUGGUGUUGGUGGGUGAUGCUGCAGCAAUAGCAGCAACACCAGCACCAGCACCAAUAGCAGUGGCACCAGCAGUGACAGCAGCAGCAGCGGCAGUAGCACUAGCAGCAGCAGGGGUGAUACCAGCAGUGACGGCAGCAGCAGCGGCAGCAGCAGCAGUGCCACGAGCAGUGACGGCGGCAGCAGCAGCAGUGCCACGAGCAGUGACGGCGGCAGCAGCAGCAGUGCCACGAGCAGUGACAGAGGUAGUAGCGGCAGCAGCACCAGCACCAGCAGUGACGGCAGCAGCAGCAGGACUGGGGAUGGAUGAGGCUACAAAGCCUGGGGGAGGUGAGAGGGAAUAUGGCAUUGUAGGGGAUGCUGCUGCUGCUGCUGCCGCCGCCGACGCCGCCGCCGCUGCUCCUCUGGCCGUUGUGCUGUGCAGGAAUCGGUUGGACCAGCGUCAGAUUGUUUCUCACCAUACUGAUCCCUUCCUCUGCUCCUAGCUGAAGCCAGGAUGCUGUGGCUGUUCCUUCUCAGUUUGAAGCAUGUGCCUGUGCGCUGCAUCACAUGCCUCUACAGUACAGUUACCUAUCCAUCAACAUCCUUGUGUUAUACCUAUGAAGUGGACAUGUGUUCUCAUCUCCUGAAAAACGAGCAUGCAAUCUUCAUGGAGCAUAUA